AUGGAGGAAGACGAUGGCUUUAUUUUCACCCGAAAAUCACGAACAAAUCCCAAAGCCAAAGCACCUACCAAUACUGGAAAAAUAGCGCCGGCGCAAAAUAAGGGAGUAUCUAUAUCACACAGGAGGACAGUACCUAAUGCCUCAGAGGCUUUGCAUAGUGGAUCGUUCCGCAGCCCAGUAUCGAGCAAUAGAAGCAGGAAUGACUUCCAUAGACACCAGAGCCAUGAUCAAAGGUGGCCAAAUCAUCACCAUGUCGAUACUUCGGAAAAUAGAAGUGAUCAUAUCCACACACCAUCACACACGCGGCAAGCAACAAGCUGUCGCAAGACCCGCUUAGAAACGAGACAAGAAGACAGAGAUGAUCCUUACCAACACGAUGAUAGGCCCUACACGCCCGACUACGAUCACACACAGAAUCAAAGGAGUACGCCGCGCACACAAACCAACCCCCAAGUCGGAAGCUCACGUAGGUCAGGUGUUCACGAUCACUUGCCACACCCGCCACAAUCUGUAUCUCAAGGACAAGCUCCUAGUAAUAGCUCCAGGAAAAUAAGAGACCGGUCCCAAAGGGUCAGUAGUAGACCGCAAUAUGAUGACGUACCCACCCCCAGGGGGAAGGAUAUGGCGCCAAUUCAAAGCACGCCCUCUAUACGGACGCCAAACCAAAGGAAUAUAGAAACGCCCAGGUCGAGUGGAAAAUCACACAAAUUGUCCGUGCGGGGAGGAGGUGACUCUUCAAUACUAUCGGAGUCAUCUAUAUCAGACUUGCGAAUAGAUGUGCCGGACAAUAUCCCAUCAGAAAGUGAGCGAUUGAGACAUCUUCUGACUGCGUCAAUGUCCAUGGUACUGGACCACUACAGGGCCAUGGACAGUAAUUCAUAUAAAUUAACGGCAGCCGAAAAAAUAUGCCAGGAAUUCAUAGAAAGCGAUCCCUGUGAGAUAGGAAGUUUACAAAGAGAGGUCCUGCCAAAUCCAAUGAACAUUGAAAGACAAACAUUAUUAGACCAAUAUCAGGUUCCUCUCGACAGGUUGCUUGCCGAGCGCGCGCAGUGGCACAUGAUGGAGGAGCGCCAUAGAUCUAUGGCGACUACUGCGAAUCAAGAUGAAGUAGAACAACUGUCAAGAGAUAAAUUAUACGCAGACCGAAGUCUCCACGAGCGUAUCAAUAGGGAGCAGUCAUCUUUGAUGCUCAAGGUGGAGCAAAUAAGCCAAACUACCAAAUCUCUGGAGUACUUGGAGAGGAGUGGCCGAGACGCCCUCAACGCGGAUGCGGAUGAGCCAUCAGGCGACAAUACGGCCACUACUACUAUACCAAACACGCGAAUUAUGACCAACCGUACAACCCCUGCCUCCGAGAAGAAAACUCCCAGGAGACUCAUUAGGGGAAUAAUUGACUUAUAAGGAGCAUUAAGCGGUGCGCUUAGCGCCAGCAACCGAACAUGACGUUUACUUAUUACGGGACGGUGUAUAACUUAUCUACCCGAUUUAUUGUGAUAUAUCUUGGAAUGAUAGAGAAUAUAACUCACCUUCCUGGUUUAUUGUGAUAUUUCUUGGAUGUUUGAGAGUUCAUGUUGACUCGCUCUAAUUAGAAUGUCUUGUUGUGAGUUCGCCCUUGCAAUGGACAGGUGGCAUGCGUAAAAAUUGCUGGGGAAAUGACUUAACUACAAAAUAAUAAAGACUCGAGAAAAAGUACAUAUACAAUUAUAAAGAUCACGUAGGCGAACACUACGUUGGAUAUCCUCGAUCAAAGCGUGCA